UUCUCUUUUGUGAAUCCGUACCGUUCGUGAUACGUUCGUGCUUCACACCGUGCCAUAUUCGCCUGCGCUAGCCUCGGACGAAUCGAGAUCGAGUCGACUGCCCGGUUCAGCAAGCAAAGCGACUGCGAGUGCUAGCCCAUCCCAUGGUCGUUUGAGAGCUCAGAGCUCGCUUUGCGUUUGCGUAGCCCUGCAAUAACGCAAACGCAUCUUGUUUCUUCUUCAUAUUCACAUCAAUAUCAGCUCGUGUUUUAUUUUUCGAAGAAUUUUUCUUUUGUGUUGAAUUAAAACGUGUGUCCAGUCAGUGUUAUUAUGAUUUCGGUAUAAAAGCUUGCGGCGUAGAAAAUUUAGUUUUGCGUCGCCGGUGUUAUACAAACAAGAAUAUGAAUGACAAUGGAUGCAUUCACCUAAAUAAUUUUAAGGCAGCCAAAGGAUCUAAUCCUUACAAGAUAGUGCAUGCAUUUUUCGUGUCUUGCACUUCAUUAGAAGCUAGAAAAUACAAGGCCACAUCAUGUCUGUGUUUCACAUGUGGCCAGCCCGGGCCCCGCAUGCAUUCCUGUCUGCAUUGCAUAUUCUUUGCCUGUUACGCAGGCCACAUUCAGGACCACUCGAAAACUAAAAAGCAUUUCCUCUAUGUUGAUUUGAGCUAUGGAAAUAUAUUCUGUGCUCAAUGCCAGGACUACAUUUAUGAUAGAGAAUUGGCUGAAAUUGCUUUGAGUCAUCGGCUAAAAGAAGCUAAGUCCCUGGGCAUCGGCGCGCCAUUCAUGCCAUGGCUGCCUAACGCCAACGAGGCGACGGCGCUCCGGCGCCUCCGCAAGCGGCGCCUCAUCAGCCCCUCCACCACCAUAGGGCUCCGGGGGCUGCAGAACCUCGGUUCCACCUGUUUCAUGAACUGUAUCGUACAGGCCCUGAUCCACACGCCUCUUCUCCGCGACUACUUCCUCGGUGAGAAGCACAAGUGUAAGUCGCAGGGCUCCGGCAAGUGUUUGGUCUGCGAAGUGUCGAAGCUGUUCCAGGAGUUCUACUCUGGCGCGAAGACCCCGCUGACGCUGCACCGCCUGCUGCACCUGAUCUGGACGCACGCGCGCCACCUGGCGGGCUACGAGCAACAGGACGCGCACGAGUUCUUCAUCGCCACGCUGGACGUGCUCCACAGACACUGCAUGAACGGCGUCGAGGAGCACACAGAAAAGACAGAAAAAGAGACGGGUCGCUGUAAUUGCAUCAUCGACCAGAUAUUUACCGGCGGCCUGCAGAGCGACGUCGUCUGCACCUCCUGCUCCGGAGUCUCCACCACCAUCGACCCUUUCUGGGACAUCAGUCUCGAUGUAGCCGGCCCUGGGUCGCUACAAGCCUGUCUCGAGAGAUUUACCCGGGCUGAGCACCUAGGAUCUGGUGCCAAGAUUAAGUGCUCCAACUGCCGAGCGUACCGCGAAUCAACUAAACAGCUCACCCUCGAAACGCUACCCAUAGUAGCCAGCUUCCAUCUCAAACGCUUCGAACAUUCUUCGCAAAUCGACAGGAAGAUAUCCACCUUCGUAUCCUUCCCGGCCGAAUUAGACAUGACUCCCUUCAUGUCGUCACACCGCAGAUCUGUCGACAGUGGUGCUACAGACAAUAACAAUGCUCCAGAAGGGAUAUUCGAGGAUAAUAGAUACUCUUUAUUCGCUGUGGUGAAUCAUUUGGGGUCGUUGGACGCAGGGCACUACACAGCAUACGUGCGACAGAUGAAGGGCAGCUGGUUCAAGUGCGAUGACCACAUGAUUACGCGGGCUUCGCUCAGAGAGGUGCUCGAUAGCGAGGGAUAUCUCCUCUUCUACCACAAGACUGUACUGGAGUAUGAAUGUGAGAACUUAUAAGUUAAUCUAUAAAUUAAUUUACCAUGGUGUGACCAACGGCCUUCGUCAAAAGUAUUGAGUACACAUUUUCUACAAAACUAUGGAGGGAAGUAUUUUUUUUAUUUGUAGUAGAGCAUUUCUUUUUUUUUGCCA